AUGACGACUCUGACUGGCGGCAAGCUGAAGCGACGGGCAAUCUUUUGUGAUGUGGUGUGCGAGGGCAUGACACAGGACGGCGCGGGAUGGACUGUACCUGAGCGUACAGCUCAUUUCCUGCAGCAGCUCGGGGAUCCCUUGCCAGCCUUCAGUCCGUCAGAUGCAUUUGCUUCAACCGCGCUGGCCUCUCAGCCUUCGUUCCUGGCGCCGAGUACAAGACCCCACAACCCUGCUGAGCUGGAGAACCGACUUCGAGAGCUUGUUGAGACCGAAUUCAACUAUGUUCGCAGGCUCAAAGCGCUCAUACAGGAUUAUGCGAGACCGCUUCGAGAUUUCGCAAAGCACAAGGAGAAAGCAAUUAUACCGCUAUACGAGGCAAAGAUGCUUUUCGGCAACAUCGACGUUAUCUUAGCAGCGAACGAAGGCUUUCUUCAGGACCUUGAGCGUGUCAUGCUGUCCAAGCGGCGCGGAGGAUUGGGCGUCGUCAUCUGGGAGCAUCUGACUGCAUUUGCGGAUGUACACGUCUAUCCAACUUAUCUCUCAGGCUACGAGAAGGCAAAGGAGAUUGAAAGCCAGAUGUCGAGCAAGCGCGGGUUCGUCGACUUUGUCGAGCGAACGAAAUACUCUACCGAAGGCAUAGGAAAUAUCGGUCUUCGCGAGCUAUUGAUGGAGCCCGUCCAGCGCGUCACGAGAUACAUCCUCAUGCUCGAGGGCAUUCUGGGCGCCCUGCCUGCGGACGAUUCGGAAAAUCGCGACUACCUGCUCGAAGCGCAUGCUGUUGCAAGUCAAAUGGCUAGGUGCGAGGCAGACGAGCCCGAGCGAUGCGCGGCUGCAAUGUGGGGCCUCGAACGCGCCAUCGAAGGCUUUCCCGCCAAUAUGAUCAGCAGCAGUCGUUAUUUCGUCGACUGUCUAGACGUCAUGGAUUCUCCGAGGGCAGCCAAUGGAUCAAACUCUCCCGCCAGCGCUGCGAGCCGUAAAGCUAACGCGCUCAACUGCACUCUGUUUCUGUUCUCGGACUGUCUUAUGAUUGCCAAGCGACCCUCCUCUUCUGGUCCCGAUGGUCGCUCAUUGGCUGGCCUCGAGAACAUCGAUCAACUCGCCAAGGUCAUGAAGAUGCAUCGCUCGGGCUCACAAAUCGCUUAUUUGACGAAAGCCUACGAGCCGAUGGGAUCUACACCGACCAAGGUCAAAAAAGACUGCAUGGGUUUCAAAGGCCUGAUCAAACUCGAAGAGCUAAUUGCUGCGGACGAAGGAGACGACGAGAUAUCGCUGUGGUUACAGAAUCCUCCUACGCUCUCGAGCGCAAAGUGGAGCGGUCGGCCAUCACGAUCAUACAUCGUUCGAGCAGCAAGCGAUGCAGCUGAACGCAAGACCCGGUUCCUCGAUCGCUUGUGGCAGAUGCAAGCGAAUAUCAAGACAAUCGAAGCGCGCUCAACCGCCAUGGUCACGACGCUGGCUCAUUUAGCAGGACCACCUGGACAGUCCGCAGAUCAACACAUUUCUGUCUACUGGAACUUAUACGAAAAGCGUGCCUAUCUGAGCGAGCCCAUCAAGAGUCGACUCGUACUGCAAGUUGAUCCGACCGGCGAGUCCGAUAGCCUGUCGUUCGGUCGCCAGACCGGCCCAGCCAUGAUCGCACGAAUCGCUUAUCACGACGACUGUGAGUGUUCGAUCGAGAUACAAUUAGCAAAUCAUGGCCUGCUUCAUUCUGAUCGAAGCGUGCGUUACGACUCGGCACCACAUUCAGUUAUAGCAACCGCGCGAGAUUGGGCUUUGUACGAAGGUGCGCUUCGAUUGGAUCAAUCAGUCGCAGCAUCCACCGCCACCAGUCCGAGCCCGAGCAUGAAGCGACUGAGCGAAAUAGAUGUUCGGAAAGUCUUUAGCUCCCCAAGUGCGCCACAACGACGUAGCAAAUCGAUCAUCAGCAAAGCCUCUUCGGCAGCGACAGAUAGCUCUGCUGUUCGGUCCGAGGCAACCUCUGCCACAGCUGCCUCCUUUGCGACGUGUUCAUCCAUGUCAGCUUCUACAUCUCAAACGAGCCUGCAAUCAUCAGCCCGCAUCGGCGCAGUCGAGGAGCCUCGCAAACGACUCGACUCUGUAUCGCCAACGCGCUCUCGUGCCAGCUCAACAGCCGACUAUGAGCGGCGAGCUCUUCAAGACAUUACAGGGCAGGAAGCGAGAGCCCUCAGUCUUCCUUGCGAAAUGUCACCGCCUCGCCCGGCAAAACCAGAACCUUCACUCUCGCUAUCACUCUCCAGAACACCAAGCAGGCGCGCACCCGGUGGUCCGAGAGGGCCGCGCCCCUUCGGCGCAGAUAGCCCCAAAUUGGCGGCUUGCACCAUUUCACCUCGAGCAGACGACAUACGCAAAGUCUCUGGCGGUAUGAAGCGCGGUCUUUCGGAGUCGGCAGAUAUGACAGCGAGCAAACGAGCGCCAUCUUGGUCUCGCGAGCCUUCAGACGAUAGCGACGUACGAGAGGCACAGACGGACAUUGCACCACGCGGCAGUGAGCAGCACGCCCAGCUAAAUACCGCGUCUACGGAUCGGGCUAUUCAGGAAAUACGCACCGAAGUGCAUGCGCUACGCGGAAACCUUGCUCGCGAGCUCGCGCACAAAGAGGCGCAGGCGCGUGCUGGAUCGCCGGGACUGCCUCGUUCGCCGCAAAGUCGCAACCUAGCGCGUGUCGGCAAAAGUGACGACAGUCGUGCCUUGGAUCUGUCAGCUUUCAGUGAGAAGCUUCGACAGAUCGAAGCAACAUUAGACAGCUUACAAUCACGACUCGAGCCUGCUCAAGAUGAUCCGAUGCUGCGAGAAAUCGAUGAGUACAGGACCGCACUCGCCGAUAGUCUGGAGCAAAACGCCAAAUUACGAAGGAAGAUGCGCGAGCUGGAGCAGGAGAAGGAAGCCCUAUACGAAGUCUUCAAUGAGGAUUUGGAUCGCUUGAGGCGAGAAAACGAGCGUCUCAAACAUAAAUUAGCAAGCGACCCCCGAUAA